AUGAAAAAGAAGUACCAAGGAACAUAUCACAUUCAACGUGCACAAUUACAGGCCCUCAAGAGAGACUUUGAGGUGCUUAGCAUGAUGGCAGGAGAAUCGGUGAAUGGUUAUUUCUCUCGCACGUUAACCAUUGUCAACAAGAUGCGACAGCACAAAGGCAAGGUUAGUGAAGAAGAUGUUGUUGAGAAAAUUUUAAGGUCCAUGACUCCAAACUUUGCUUAUGUAGUUUGUUCAAUUAAGGAAUCAAAGGAUCUUAGUACACUUUCAAUUGAUGAACUUCAAAUUAAUUUGUUGGUUCAUGAACAACGUAUGAAUGCACACGUUGAAGAAGAACAAGCCUUGAAAGUUACAUAUGGUGAAUCUUCAAGAGGCAGAUGA